AUGACGGAGCGAUUGGCUUUGCUCCUAUCCUGCUGGCUGAUGGUUAUCGUGGGAUGCCUACGUACGACUGCCAGCGCCGAGCGCAGUCUUCUCCAGGCUUACCUCGAGACAUUUCCGCCUUACGGCUGCAACCGCGACCCGCAGCAGUCCCGCUUCCGCCUCGACCCGGUCUACACCGUCAGCGGCAACCGCGUGUGCAUGACUGCCCGCGUGGUGGACUGCGCCAAGCCGGGUUCGGACUGCUGUGACCCCAAGAUUGACUUUUACAAGAUCGAGCUGGACGUGAACAAGCAGUGCAAAGGCGCCGUGACGGGGUUCACGGUCAAUGGAAAACCGGCCCUGGCACCCACAUUCGACCCCUACGCCACCAACGAUACAAAGGCAGUAAUCAAGCUUACGGGCCUGAAUCUUGACCUGACGACUGCGGACGGCGCUGUGGUGUGCAUGACGCUGGGCGGCUCGUGUCCCUCCAUGGAGACACUCUGUGCGGAGGGCAACGGCUUCUGCAAGUAUGCCGUCGUGCAAAGUGGAACGUGUGAUUGCUGCCCCAUUCGGUCGCCGUUUCCAUUCUGCGCUUGCAAUCGCACCCUGCCUGGUCUGGUCCCCUUCACCUUCGACAAGACACCGUCGCUCAGCCUGAACGGAGGCAACCGCCGGUACUGCCUGACACUCCGUACAGUGCCGUGUGCGGACCCUAGCAGCCCCUGUUGCGGCCAGGCGCUCUCCAAAGUGGAGUGGUGGUCCAGGGAGAGCUGUCGAGGGUCCGUACGGGCCGUGUACCUGGACGGGAUCAAGAUAGACUCGCAGUGGGGCGUCAAUGGGACGUUCAAGAUUCCCCAGCUGAACAUGGCCCCCAGCUCGGUUCCCCUCCAGGGCCGGCAGGGAGGCCUGGGUGCCUGCACGUAUUCCAUGUUUUCGGAGGACAAGGAUUGCUGCCCGAUCGGCUCAUUCGUGACGCUUGGCAGGCGCCGAUAG